AUUAAAGGACAAACCUAAUUUAUUGGUCCAAAUGCAUAAAUUAGUUGCAUGUCAUAUCCGAAAUACUGAAGUUAUAUAAAGGCAGCUGAAGUUUAACAUUAUUUAGUUGUCGGGUCAUAAUUUAUUACCUUCAGUUUCCUUGUAAACAAUUCUCUACAGUUAAUAUGGAGAUUUCUCAUGGCUCUUACAAUCAGAAGAAAUUCGCACUUCCGGUGGACUCCGAGCACAAAGCCACCGAAUUCCGGCUAUUCUCCGCCGCCGCGCCGCACAUGCGCGCGUUCCAUCUCUCCUGGAUAUCCUUCUUCGCAUGCUUCGUCUCCACCUUCGCCGCCCCGCCGCUGCUCCCCAUCAUCCGGGACAACCUCGACCUCACCGCCACCGACAUCGGAAACGCCGGCAUCGCCGCCGUCUCCGGCGCCGUCUUCGCCAGGAUCGCCAUGGGGACGGCGUGCGACCUGUUCGGGCCCCGCCUCGCCUCCGCCACGCUCACACUCCUCACCGCGCCGGCGGUCUACUGCACCUCAAUCGCCGACUCGCCAAUCUCCUUCCUCCUCGUCCGCUUCUUCACCGGCUUCUCCCUCGCCACCUUCGUCUCCACCCAGUUCUGGAUGAGCUCGCUUUUCUCCGGCAGGGUCGUCGGAACCGCCAACGGCGUCGCCGGCGGAUGGGGCAACCUCGGCGGCGGCGCAACCCAGCUGAUAAUGCCCCUCGUCUUCGACCUCAUCCAGAACAUCGGCGCCACCAAAUUCACAGCCUGGAGAAUCGCGUUCUUCAUCCCUGCGCUCUUUCAGACACUGUCGGCGUACGGCAUCUUCUUCCUCGGACAGGAUUUACCCGACGGAAACUACUCGGAGCUCCACAAAUCCGGCGAGAAGCACAAGGACAACUUCGCCCAGGUUUUCCACCACGCCGUCACAAAUUACAGAGGGUGGAUACUGGCGUUGACCUACGGCUACUGCUUCGGAGUUGAGCUCACCAUUGACAACAUCAUCGCGCAGUACUUUUACGACAGGUUCAACGUGAAUCUUCACACAGCUGGAAUUAUUGCCGCCAGCUUCGGGCUGGCGAAUCUUUUCUCCAGGCCAGGUGGCGGUAUGCUGUCGGAUUUCAUGGCGAAGAGGUUCGGAAUGAGGGGAAGGCUUUGGACACUGUGGGUAGUUCAGACAUUAGGCGGAGUUUUCUGCAUUAUUUUAGGGCAAGUUGGAUCUUUGGGUGUUUCGGUUGCGGUGAUGCUCGUUUUUUCUGUGUUCGUUCAAGCCGCCUGCGGCCUCACCUUUGGCGUAGUUCCUUUCGUUUCUAGAAGGUCAUUAGGCAUAAUAUCGGGGAUGACCGGUGGAGGAGGAAACGUGGGGGCGGUUCUUACACAGGUGAUAUUCUUCAGAGGAUCGAGAUACUCGACAGAGACAGGUUUAACACUUAUGGGAGUGAUGAUGAUUUGUUGCACACUACUUAUUACAUUGAUAUACUUCCCACAAUGGGGCGGAAUGUUCUGUGGGCCCUCGUCUAAAGGGAAGACGACCGAGGAAGAUUAUUACAUGUCUGAAUGGAGUUCGUCGGAGAGAGAAAAGGGUUUCCAUAGGGCUAGUUUGAAAUUCUCGGAGAAUAGUAGAAGCGAGAGGGGUCGAAAGAUUGGAUCGGCAGCCACCCCCAUUGAUGGAACUCCAAAUACAUAUGUUUGAAUUGUGUAAAGAAACUUCUGGAAGUUAUGCAUGUUUUUGUUGCAUGAAUGAUGUGUAAAGAAUCUUGAGAAUGGUUAUUUUAGGAG